AUCAAGACCUCACUACCUAAUACCCCCAUACAACUAGCAGCAGCACCAUCACUAACAACAACAACAACAACAACAACAACAACCCUACAACACCAUGCCUACACUCCCCCCAUUCCGCCCAACAAUCUACAUAAUCUCCUACUCCGCCGACAUCACGCGCACCGAAUCCGCCACCACCAUCCUCCUCGCAUCCCAAGUCCCCCACCGCACCCCGCCAAUCCGCCAUCUCUACACCAUCGACGCACGCAACGUGCAGCCUCCCUCCCCCUCGCUAUGCGCCCGCUACUCAGGCAUCGCACCUUUAAUCCAAGAUAUCGUGAUGCAAGAUGUAGGCGCUCAGAAGGCGGUGGGGACGGCGGUUAGGGAGUUGUUGCGGUUUGGGAGUGAGGAGGGUAGUAGAGGGAGUGGGGAUAAGGAGGUUAGCAUGAGUGUUUGUUGUCAUGCGGGGACGCAUCGGAGUGUGGCGAUUGCGGAGCGGAUUGCGCAGUGUGUUAAGUGGGAGGUUGGGAGGCGAGGGGGUGAAGAGGGGGUUAAGGUUGUGUGUAGGCAUGUUCAUCGGGUUAAGGGGAGGGCGGAUCCUUUUUGAAAGGGGUAGAGGGAGGGUUGACUUGCUGUUUCCUGUCUUGUUGUCCUUGGUGAAUACGAUUGGAAUGGCUGGUGGCUAAUGGUUUACGACAGUGGCUUGAGAGACUGCUUUGUACAC